UUGUUCGACGGAUUGGCAAAAACCAAUCACAUAAAAUGGCGAGUAUUUUCGCACAAGCGUCUCAUUUCCACCAUGGAUCUCCGACUGGGUAUAUCUGGGUUCCUGGCAACUCUCCUGUUGAAUUUCCGAGCCCAAGCUAUCCUGUGGCCCGAUCAGCAUCCGCAAGAAGAACAAAUGGCCAUCCAGAUAGCUGUAACUUUGAAGAGCAUCCUUAUCAACAGCUUUGCUGUAAACGCUAUGGGUACAUAUAUUGUCCCAGUCCACGAGCAGAUGUCUCCGGAUGAGGUUCAUCUGGCAAAUCGUGUCCUGGAUCUCAGCCUCUCUAAUAUGCACUUGCCCAUGCCCGUUGUUCUGAGCCAGCGUACUAAGAGUGAGGUACUUUUGCUCUCAAAAAUUAACUUUCUUACCAAAUCUAUCCGGUGUAGUUCCAUUGCAUCGACCUGGGAAGAAAAUCCCCUGUUUCUUAUUGUGUGGCUGACGCCUCCAUCCGGACGGAAGUUGGAGUUAAUGAAGAAAAUGUCCACGGUAUUUCGAUACUUUCUCCACGAGCGCUACAACAUUAAUUCAGUGAUAUUGGUCCCCGCAGUGCUGGGCGUUCAAGCUUAUCAUGUCUGGCCGUAUACGCCGCAUAAUUGCGCCAGUACGACUCCGGUGGAGGUCUCCCUAUCUGAUACGACUAUUCGCCAUCUCUACCCCUCUCGUUUCAGGAACCUUCACGGAUGUCCCCUGACCGCUAUUGUGUGGAAAAUUCCACCGUAUAUGGGGGUGAAGUGGAAGAAGGGCAUGGUGAGUGGGUUAGACGGAGAGCUUCUGCACAUUCUAUCGAAUAAGAUGAACUUCACCCUGGAACUGAUGCGUAACGAGCCAUCUGACUUGAUCGGCGGCGCCAGCUAUUUGAACGGAACGUUCACGGGGCCUUAUAAAAUGCUACGCGAACGGAGAGCGAACUUUACAAUAGGAUGUGCCUCCUGUACGCCGGAGAGAUCUGCCUACCUACAGUCUACAGAUCCCUACAGUCAGAUGGCCUAUGUUAUUGUGAUGAAGGCGCCCGAGCGGUACAGCAUUUACGAGAUAAUGCUCUUCCCCUUUGAGCGCUACACUUGGCUGGCCCUCGUUUUGGUAUAUUUGCUUCACAGACUUCUUGGAGUUCGACGGCGGCUGCCUGGCCCCUUUUUGGCCGGCUGGAUGCUGUGGAUUUUCGUCAUCCGUGCCAGUUAUGAGGCUUCAAUUUUUAACUUCCUGCACAAUUCCCCGGGGAAGCCAUUGCCGCACACCCUGGAGCAGAUGCUGGGCAAUGGCUAUCGUUUCAUUACGGAUCAUGCCACCUUCCGAAUGACACUCAAGCUACCGGACUUCCGGGACCGAACCACCAUAUCCAAGGGCCAGCCAGUGGACGUUUUCGAUGCCUUGCUGAAGGAGAGAUCACAGAAGAUUGGAGCCUUCACCAGUCGCGCAUUCUUGGCCUAUCACUUGACCAAGAAAAAGAAGAGCAGGCAUAGGUUUGUGAUCCUGGCGGAGAAGGUUGUGGACAAUAUGCUGUGCAUUUACUUCCCAAAAAACUCAUAUUUCGCCUGGGACCUCAACAAGCAGCUUUUUAAAAUGCGUAGCUUCGGUUUGCUCCAACACUUCUCCGAGAGGCUCGCCUGGAGCAACAUGCCCACGACUUCUGACGCACAUGGAUGGUCCGCCUCUAUUGGCGGAGAGGAAGAAGACGCCGCCACGGGGUUCGCCGAGUCCAUGGGAUUUAUCCUGGCCGCCUUUAACUGCUGGAUGGGAGCCUUGGGCUUCUCAGUCCUUGUUUUCGGCCUGGAGCUGCUUAGCCGAAGGCGCCGCUGGCAGAGAUUCGCCGAUUUAAUGGAAGGGAUUUGAUGGACAGCGGUCGAUCAUGAAAAAGCAAAGAUAAUUAAUUUAAAUUUUGAAUAAGCUUUUUUUCCCUCUCGAACUAGAGAUCGCACAGGAUCAGU